UUUCAUAUUUUGAAUUCAGAAUGGUGUCAACUAGGUCAGCUUCCAAAAAUUCACCCCCUCAAAAAAUGAAGAAAUCAACAUCUAGUCCGAGUUCUAGCAAAAGAAAAAUUGAGUUUAAUGCAAUUCCGGCGACAAUGAAGAAUCGUCGAAAGGCUGUGCGUGAAGAUGACGACAGUGACUUCGAGGAUUUUGAUAUCCCUCCGAAGAAGAUGGAUAGGCCUGUUUCAUAUGCGGGUUUGCCUAAAAAGGAUUGGGAUUAUUACAUUCAACCCUCGGACCGUUUUCCUGUUAAGGUUACCCAUCAUUCCGGUGAAAAAGUUAUUUCAAACAUUAAAAAAACUUUGACUCCAGAAACAUUAGCAAAAUUUUCAUCUACAUGUUUUGGAAAAUUUAUAGAAAUGCAGGAUGUUUAAUUUCAAUAUCAAUUGAUUCACGCUUUAUUGUUGAGAGAGGUUAAGCAACCUGUUUUUUACGAGCUUUGGUUAAAGGUUUCCGGGAAAUUACUGAAAUUUUCAAUUGAUGAAUUUUCAUUAAUAACGGGUCUUAAGUGUUGUGGUAACGCUGACAAGAAACCUUUUCUGAACUCUGACUCUGAUUUUAAGGCAAAUUGUUUUGGAAAUGUUGAAAAAGUUACUAAAAAAUGGAUGGAGGACUGUUUUCUACAAAAACGUUGGUCAAACGAAGAUGAGGCUUUAAAACUUGCUCUUUUGUACUUUGUUGAGAUAUUUUUAUAUAAUAACAAGCCAUGUUCCUACGUUCGUGAUGAACAUAUAAAUAUGAUUGGUAAUGGUGAAUUUGAAAAUUUUCCGUGGGGUAAAGACGUGUUUCAAAGAACUAUUGAAUUUUUGAAAAGCAAAUUAGCUUCUGUCAAAGGAUGUGAUUUUUUAAAAAAAAAUCCUAAAAUUGGUAUACCUCCUACUCAAGUCCGAUAUGAUGGGUUUCCUUUGGCAUUGCAAACAUGGUUCUUGGAGUGUUGC